UCCCCGAGGCCGGAGGCGGGGCGGGCGGGCCUCGGGUGGCGCGGGGGGCGGACCCGCCAGCUGCCUGCGCUGCUCGCCCGCUCGCUCGCACUCGGCUGUGCGGCGGGGCAGGCAUGGGAGCCGCGCGCUGUCUCCCGGCGCCCACACCUGUCUGAGCGGCGCGGCGAGCCGCGGCCCGGGCGGGCUGCUCGGCGCGGAACCGUGCUCGGCAUGGCAGGGAUUCCAGGGCUCCUCUUCCUUCUCUUCUUUCUGCUCUGUGCUGUCGGGCAAGUGAGCCCUUACAGUGCCCCCUGGAAACCCACUUGGCCUGCAUACCGCCUCCCUGUCGUCUUGCCCCAGUCUACCCUCAAUUUAGCCAAGCCAGACUUUGGAGCCAAAGCCAAAUUGGAAGUAUCUUCUUCCUGUGGACCCCAGUGUCAUAAGGGAACUCCACUGCCCACUUACGAAGAGGCCAAGCAAUAUCUGUCUUAUGAAACGCUCUAUGCCAAUGGCAGCCGCACAGAGACGCAGGUGGGCAUCUACAUCCUCAGCAGUAGUGGAGGUGGGGCCCAACACCGAGACUCAGGGUCUUCAGGAAAGUCUCGGAGGAAGCGGCAGAUUUAUGGCUAUGACAGCAGGUUCAGCAUUUUUGGGAAAGACUUCCUGCUCAACUACCCUUUCUCAACAUCAGUGAAGUUAUCCACGGGCUGCACCGGCACCCUGGUGGCAGAGAAGCAUGUCCUCACAGCUGCCCACUGCAUACACGAUGGAAAAACAUAUGUGAAAGGAACCCAGAAGCUUCGAGUGGGCUUCCUAAAGCCCAAGUUUAAGGAUGGUGGUCGAGGGGCCAACGACUCCACUUCAGCCAUGCCCGAGAAGAUGAAAUUUCAGUGGAUCCGGGUGAAACGCACCCAUGUGCCCAAGGGUUGGAUCAAGGGCAAUGCCAAUGACAUCGGCAUGGAUUAUGAUUAUGCCCUUCUGGAACUCAAAAAGCCCCACAAGAGAAAAUUUAUGAAGAUUGGGGUGAGUCCUCCUGCUAAGCAGCUGCCAGGGGGCAGAAUUCACUUCUCUGGUUAUGACAAUGACCGACCAGGCAAUUUGGUGUAUCGCUUCUGUGACGUCAAAGACGAGACCUAUGACCUGCUCUACCAGCAAUGCGAUGCCCAGCCGGGGGCCAGCGGGUCUGGGGUCUAUGUGAGGAUGUGGAAGAGACAGCAGCAGAAGUGGGAGCGAAAAAUUAUUGGCAUUUUUUCAGGGCACCAGUGGGUGGACAUGAAUGGUUCCCCACAGGAUUUCAACGUGGCUGUCAGAAUCACUCCUCUCAAAUAUGCCCAGAUUUGCUAUUGGAUUAAAGGAAACUACCUGGAUUGUAGGGAGGGGUGACACAGUGUUCCUUCCUGGCAGCACUUAAGGGUCUUCGUGUACUUAUUUUAGGAGAGGCCAACUUGUUUUUUGUCAUUGGUGUGCACACGUGUGUGUGUGUGUGUGUGUGGUGUGUAAGGUGUCAUAUAAUCUUUUACCUAUUUCUUAAAAUUGCAAGAUGACUGGCUUUACUAUUUGAAAACUGGUUUGUGUAUCAUAUCAUAUAUCAUUUAAGCAGUUUGAAGACAUACUUUUGCAUAGAAAUGAAAAAAAUACUGAUUCGGGGCAAUGAGGAAUAUUUGACAAUUAAGUUAAUCUUCACGUUUUUGGAAACUUUGAUUUUUAUUUCAUCUGAACUUGUAUCAAAGAUUUGUAUUAAAUAUUUGGCAUACAAGAGAAAUGAA